AUGUACAACGGAAUCGGUCUCACUACACCCCGUGGAUCCGGUACCAAUGGUCACGUUCAGCGUAACGUCGCUUUUGUCCGGCCGGGGAAAAAGGAUAACAUUAACUACCGCACGGAAGACGAUUUAGCAAAGCUAGACGCACAAUCGAACCGUCAGCCGAAUCAAGGCAUCCUAGACCACGAGCGAAAGCGAAAGAUUGAAGUAAAAUGUGCCGAACUGGAAGAAGUGCUCGAAAGCCAAGGGCUUGGGCAGAAUGAAGUUCGUGCCAAGGUGGAACUGUACCGUUCGAAACUGAUGGACCACGGAACGAUCGAGUUGCCGAAGGAUGAAUUUGGCAGAUUGCUUGUACGAGAAACCCAUCACAUCGCACAGGCCCAGCAAGAGAAAAACGCCAAACUGCGCGAAGCGUUCGGCAUAUCGCAGUAUUUCGUCGAAGGUACGAGCUUCGACCAGGAUCGCAAGGCGAAAGAGGACCUUGCCAAAUCCGAGGCGCUGCAAAAGGAGCUGACCGAAAAGGCGGAGAAGGCGAAAGAGAUGGAACGGGCAAACCGGAAACGGUACGCACUCGUGCGUACACCAUCGCCGGAAAAGGAUGUGAAUGCGAAAUCUGCCGCUGGUGGUGGCGGUGCCCUGCGUCGCGAUAAAGAGGAGAAGAAAAAGAAAAAGAAGAAGGCACGAGAUGUAUCUUCCAGUCCAGAGCGCAAGAAGGAUAAGAAGAAGAAAUCGAAGAAAAAUAAAAAAGAAAGGUAA